UGAAAUAAUAACACAAAUGUUGUGUGCAUGUUCAAAAGAACAUUGACUUGUAAUUAGGGGAAUAAAAUAAAAUAUAAAAAAAAAAAAAAACAAGAAAGAGGCAGAAUACAAGGAGUUGAAUUGAUCAUCACCCCAUUUUUUAUUUAUAAUAAUGGCACAAAUGCAACCUGAAAAAGUUGCUUCUAGUGUCCAAGAAUCUACUCCAGAAAAAUUUGUUGCUAAAGUUGAUUAUAACAAGAAGCUGGCCAAGAAUAAUAAUAAUAAUAAUAAUAAUAAUAAUAAUAAUAAGCAGCAGAUCAAUGCUGCUGUCUACAAUGCUAAUGGUGGAUCUUUCAAGUUCAAUGUUCAAGCCCCCGAAUUUGUGCCGAAAUCACAUGCCACAAUCCCCAUUUCAGGAUAUAUUUAUCCUUAUUUCCAGUAUGUUAAUACAACAACAACAACUACUACUAAUGAUUGGAUAUAUGGGGGUGAUCAAGAAACUAUCUCCUUUGUUCAAGAACCAAGUUUUGUUUCAACUUUGUCUCAGAAAGAUAUCCUUCCUGAAGAGCUCAGGCUAAAAGUCAUCAAACAGGUUGAAUACCAACUCAGUGACAUGAGCUUGCUCGCAAAUGAGGGCUUGUUGAAACAAAUGAAUAAGGACCCUAAAGGCUUUGUUCCCAUUUCUUCUGUUUCGGCUACAAAGAAAAUCAAGUCCCUCAUCACAAACAAUCAAUUAACUCUUUCUCAUGCCCUCCUUUCCUCUACAAAGCUGAUUGUAAGCGAUGAUGGCAAGAAGGUCAAACGAAAAAUCCCAUUUACUGACAAGGAUAAAGAGGAAUUGAUGUUGCGCACUGUGGUGGCUGAAAAUUUACCAGAUGAUCACUCUCAUCACAACAUUGAAAAAAUAUUUAAUGUUGCAGGAAGUGUCAAAACCAUCCGAGUAUGCCAUCCUCAAGAUCCUAACACACGAACUAGAGGAGACUUGGGCAUCAGCAGCAAGCUCCAUGCACUGAUCGAGUUCGAGCAUCCAGAAGCAGCUGAGAAAGCAGCGGAGAAACUAAAUGAUGAGAGGAACUGGAGAAAAGGCCUACGAGUGAAGUUGUUGCUCAGACGUUCACCAAAGUCUGUUCUAAAGAGCAGGAAGUCUGCAUUUGAUGGCUGUUUUGAUGAUGAAGAUUGGUUAGCUUCUGAACUGACAGAUGACUCAAAUCACACUAAUCAGUCAGAAAUAGUGGAUAACAAUGUCGAAGAGACUUUAGCAACAAAGAAAACAUGGGGUAAAGGCCGUGUGAGAGCACGACAACGAAAUCAAAUGUUCAAUGGUCGCGGCCUGCUCGCCUCGUCUCCACAAAACAGCAACUCUGGUCCAUUUGAAGCACCUACAAAACAGGCAACAAAAGGACCAAGAAUGCCAGAUGGAACCAAAGGGUUCACUAUGGGAAGAGGGAAGCCCUUAACUAUUAAUGUUCAAACUGGAGUACAUGUGGUAUAAUGGAAGAUGAUCAAUUUUGCCCUGGUUUACUACUCAGUAUUCAAUGGUAGUCAAUGGAAGUCUAGUCAAAGUUUUUGGAAAUUUUUUGGUUAAAUAUGUUGUCAAUAAUAUAUUCUAGUACUCUUUUUCUGCAGACCUUUCUGAGAAUCCAUAAUUCAUUCAAUAAGAAUGUAAUAGCAAAAGUGUAUAGGUUAAGAAAGGCUAUGGCUUCCUUGAGAUUACCAAUUUUGUUUUGUUCAUAUAUCUUUUUAUCAUGGGAAAUAAUACUACUGAGUUUAAGAUUCUGCCUCUA